UCCAGCUGAAGACAGCCUGAACAUAAAACCCAUUCUCUGAUAUUCUCAGAACCAGAAUCCGUUGGACUAUGAAUGAAGAAAAUCAUAGGAGCAACAGUCUUCUAUAAAUGAGACACUUUUCCUACAAUAGAAAAUCAUUAUAAAAAUGCUAAUUGCUUGAAGAGGGAAAAAAUGGAAAUUAACAAUGUAUCCUCUCUGAAGAAAAAUGACAGUUUUAUUCUGAGCACAACCCAAAGUGUCUCUGGUCUUUUUAUUUAUGAUGUGGUUGAAGAAUGUUGGAAUUCUAUCGAAGGCAAGGUAGAUGGAUCUGACAGCUCACAAGUAGAUUCCAUGCUAGCAAGUCAGAUUUAUGAGCGCACGGACAGCUGUUGCUUUAAUGCUAAAGUCUUAACUGCUUGUCAAACAACCGAAUAUGCCAAGACAUGUGAAAAGGGUAGCCUCAGCAAAGUUUUGAAAAAGGACAUGCUGUCUAAGAGUCACACAAGGGUUCCUCUAGAAGAUAAGUUCUACUUAGCAGAGAAUUCCACUUUUACGGCGGAUAGUGGCCUUGACCUUGACCUGGAUGGAAACUUUAUUGAAGCCACUGAGGUUUUUCAGAAUGAUUUCCUUGAAGAUACUGAAUGUUCUGAUGUGAUGAAGGAGGAGAUCUAUGAGGACUGGGAAGCAAAGCUGAAGUUUCUGUUGGAAAGUGAUGAGGAGGAGGAGCUAAUCCCGAGUACCGAUUGUGAUGCGUGUUCUUACUUCCUCAGUGAAAUGCCUCGUCUGUUUCAAGUAUCAGAUGACACUAUGCCUAUGGAGACCACCAUUGGCUUCAGUAGACAUCCGUCAAAGUCCAAAGAGGUAGCUGUCAGGAGCAACUUGACGGCGUGCAGACCAUCAACUUUGCAAACAGGAAUGACACUGACUGUUGGGCAACAGCAGAGUAUGAAUCUUGGUAUGAAAACCAAAGAAAAGCAGAAACAACCGGUUAUAAUUAAAAAUAAUUACUCCAGAACAGGAGAAGAAAAUCGUAGCAACAGUUGCUCAAGUUGUCAUGUUUCUGCUCUUAGAUCACAAGGCGUAGAAAAUGGAACUUCAGCAAUGAAAUCACCUUCACGACGCUUAGAUGUUUCUUCAGCGACAGCAGGCAAACAAGAUACUGCAGAAUGCAGAAACUUCUCAGGGGAAAUCAAGUCUCAGCGAGUAAUGCAGGUGGGAAAGAAAACGAUGCGAGGGAAGUCCGGGCUGCCCCAUUCCGCAGAAGAUUCUUUAAAGGCGCUACCCACUAAACCGCUUCACAAAUCCAAACUUCAUACAAUUCAGAGGGAAACAAAUCAUCUAGGUUCAGCCACUUCGCUUCACAGACAAGGAAAGACCACCUUGGGGUUAACCAAUGUUGCAGACAACGAUACUUUAUUUUGUGGUCAAGGAAGCGAGCAAAGGGACCGAUUGGUAGGCGAAUGGAUUACUGGCCCAUCAGAAGAAAGCCAAGCAGCAGAGGAAAGUGCUAUGCCGAAGAUAGAGCAACAAGAAAUCAAUGCUGAAACAUCAGCGUCAAUCAGCAACAAUCAGGAACUAUUUACAACAGAUCCUACAGUGGAUGAGAGGCUUGUUCUCGCGCCUUCUCAUGGGGUUGCUGAAAAUUCUGUUUUGCCAAAGGUCCACAGGAAAACUGGAUUUCAGAUGGGUGACGUCACUUUGGAAAACUCUGUAGCUCUCGAUGGAAGGGGUAGAACUCAGGAGGCUGAAGAGCAGAAGCCAGGCUGGGAUCAAACUCCUCAUCUCCCAAUGGUGGGUAACAGGACAAGCUGUGAUGGGCCCGAUGCCUUAUGUGAUAUUCCGGUGUCCAUGCUUGAUGUACCAAUGGAAGAGACACGUGCAGGAAAAGCCCAUGAGCUCAACAGAAUAAACAUACUCUGUGACAUUCCUAGGACUCAACAUCCAUCCGAAGAAAAUUUCCAGAGCAUCCUGGAAUCUACAGAACUUAAGGACAGAGAUGCUGGUUUAUCAACAAUGUGUGAACUUUCCCAGAGACUACUUUAUGAGAAUGGUGACUGGGAUGAUGACUUCAGUUGCACCAGCAGGGAGGUUAAGAGGGUAGCAGCUGAGACUGCUAGUGCCAAGGAGGUCAGAGGACUUAACAUUACUGCAGAUGUAAGUGGUGGGCAGCUUGUGCCAGAAAAUUUAACAGAAGAUAAUCAGCAUGUCUCAGAAUUGACAACAGAGAUGCAAGGCCUUACUGAUUUUAGUUUGCUAAAAACAGAUGAAACAUAUAGCCAUCCAUCCAAGGUCAAUUCCAUGACGCUACCUGUGGAACCAGUUUCCAUAGAUCUGGGCUCUGUUUAUCAACGUAAAAGAGAAAAGCCAUCUGCUUACUUUAUAAGGAGCGAUCUCCAAAAGAGAAAAUAUCCAAAUAAGCAGUGUGAAGCCCAGCAUGAUAAUCACGGAUCCAUCCAGAAGUCUGUUGAUCACGAAGACACAGUUUUGACUGAAAAGGCUUUCCAGCGUUGUGAACAAGAACCUACAUAUAGAUUUGUAGACGUUCCAGAUGAUCCUUUAGAACCAGGCCAAGAAUUUUUAUUAAAACAGCUGCCUAAUAAUCAUGGCCAGUUCUCUUACACUGAACAGAAUGUGAAUUGGGACAGUGGCCACAUAGCAAAGCAAGCUAAUGAGAUACCUUUGAAAGAACAUCAAAGUCCUGCAAAUCGGUCAAGAAUAAAUGAUUGUCCAUUGAAAGAAGAUUCCUCUAGAAAUUUCUGUGGAAAAAUUAUGGCUCCAUUAAUAAGUAGAAAACAAACUUCUGUUACGGCAAUCAAUAGAAGUGCCAAGCAAGAAAAUCAGGGAAAAGAAAGUAAGUCAGAACUGAAUGCAAAAAGAGACAGGAGUUGUGGUAUUUAUCACGAUAAAAGUAACAAUAGAAAUUUUAAGGCUGUAUCUGAUGCACAGAAUCACAUCUACCGCAUUCCAGAGUCUAAUUCGCUAAUGGCUACUGAGCCUAAAAAUGAUUGGCAAGCAUUAGAGACAACGAGCCAGGAAAACAUUAUAGAAAGAAAUGCAUUGAGACCCAUAUUCACAGCAUCAUACAAAGUUAGAUUUUUCACUGAGGUGCUGUUAGAAAUUAACAAAAGUGUUAAAACCAAUGCGAGCCAAAAGUGCACAGACUGUGUUGCAAGCGUGAAACCAACUCUCCUGGAGUCCCAAAAUUCCCAACAAUUAGUAUCGGAGAAAAAUUCUCUUCCUGCAAAACAUUUGGAUGAGAGCAUGAAAAACUUAGGCUCGGAUCUGGCGUGCUCUCCAUCUGAAAUGAAUACAACAGUGGGUUCGAACACUGUGCAGUCUUCAACUAUUACCAGCAAUGAGGAUUAUGGCAUAGAUCAAAAGACUCAGAAUGGCAGGACAGGCAAUUUAACAGUGCCUGGUCAGGAUAUAAGUAACCAAAAAAGAGCAUCAGAAAGUUGCAAUGCAGAUAUACUGAUGUUAUCUGAACAUGUUGGGCAAACUGAGUCCAUCCGGUCUCAAAUGGACAGUAGCAUGGAUGCAAAGGCAAUGACGUCACAGCAAGAUACGUGCAAAGGGACAGAAGAGAACCAACAUGAAGGAAUAAUGCAAUCCGAGAAAGAAAAUGACAUGCUUGUGGCACCUGAUUUUGAGGAAGCUGAAAUAGAGCUUUAUAUGAGAGCUCUACUUGGUUCAGAACAGGGGCCUCCUGUUAUGGUGAGUCAUGGUGAGUAUCAAAAAAGGGAAAGACAAAGUCAGAGCAAAAUUAUGCCAGAUGAAAUGGACACCAAGGAAACCGAAAAGCUGGUUGAAGAUGACUUGGAGGAAGUUGAAGUGGAGCCCUACAUGAGGGCGCUCCUUGAUUCAGAACCAAUGUACUCUUGGCAUGAAUACCCAGACUGUAUGCCUCCAUUCAUGGAAUUUUGCAAUGAGCAAGCUGCUGUUUUGGUAGGGCGAUUAAAGACUGGAUGUACAGUUACAAUUACUGACCCCAAUCAAAGCAGAGCCUUCUCAGAUGGCGAGAGACAAAAUUCAUCUGGGCGUGGAAUGGGGAUUUUAGAGAGGCCCUUGCCUUCUGCUUCGGAGGACAACCACCAUUCUGAAAAAGCAUUACCACUGGCUCAAACUGAGCCAUGCACAUUAGGAACAAAUGAGGGAGAUAUUUCUGCAUUAGAAAAUGAGAGGACAAUAUCACUAGAAGCUUUGGAAAUCUCCAAGCCAUUGUCCCCUCACAAAAGUGCUGAGGCCAUGAAGAAUGGGCAUGAAAUAACAAACAACAUGAUGCCCAAGGUGCCCAAGAAAACACAUCUUGAAACAAAAGAAAGUAUCUGUAAUGAUGCCAGCUGGAGAACAGAGGCUGAUUUAGCUUCAAGGGAAGAGAAGAGAGAAGAACAGAAAAUGCUACGACAAAAGGACAACAGAGCACCCAGACUGCUGAGGAAAAUCCAUGCAGAAUUGUUUCCUGAUUUCUCUGGAAAUGUCAAAUUAUGUUGCCAGUUUGGAGAAAUUCAUUCAGAUUCCACCAUUACCUGGACAAAAGAUUCUAAGCUUCUUGCUCGAGUUCACAGAAGUGCAAGCGAUGAUCUUCCAGUUUCUCUGGCAAUAGUUCAAGCUGGGAAAAAAGACCAAGGCCUGUAUCAUUGCUGCCUGAAGAAUAUAUAUGGAAAAGCCAUUUCAGAAUUUAACCUAACCUCUGAAGUUUUGGAACAUCUGUCCAUACUUCAGGAUGUUGAAGUCAGAGCUGAAGAAACUUCUUGGAUGAGAAGCAAAACGUCUUUAAAAAAAACCAAGAAAGUCCAGUUGCCUCCUGGAAAAGCACCUUUGGGACAACCAUGACCUGGAUGACUGAGAGAGUCUACAGACUUUCUGUCUGUCCAAAGAAAAAAAAGCAAAGAAUUAUGUUAUGAAAAGUUUUCCUCAUAUGUCCUUGAUUCUUUAAUCACAUCAGUAUGUGGACUACAGUGUUUGUGCUAAACAUAGAUAAUGCUUUGGCCAACAGGUUUUGUCAAUGCCGUACAUAACGUGUUACUCAACUUUUGCUCAUUCAAUCAACCAAAUGGUGACUUGUCCUGACUCCUUAAGAAGCAGGAUUAAUUGUUCCAUUCCUUUUAAAACAGGUGCAUGGCUUUUCAUUUACUAACUGCAAAUGUUUCCUUGUGUACAUUCAGUCUUGAGAUGUGAUCCAUGUUGAGUGCUCUUAAAAGGGAAUUUGGUGUAGCAAUAGUAUGUAAGUUAAAGAGAAGAUGACUCUUUUAGCACAACGAGAUAGUUGCAAGUAAUAAUCACUGUUGAUUAUGGUCCCUUUUAAGUUCUCGGAAGCAAGGAGUCAUAGGGGGUAGAAAUGAUACGUCUUUUGGAGAAGACUUAUUCUUCAACUUUAUAGCUGUCCUUGACUCAAAAUAUGAGGAAUUUUGGCCGGUUCCCUAUCACAUUUCAGAGAGAUGUUCAGAGGGGAUUCUGGGUCCCUCAAAACAGAGCUAUGCAGGUUGAUAGCCCAUGGAUAUAUAACAUCAGAUUAACAGAGUUCGAAGGGACCUUAUAGGUCAUCUAGUCCAACUCCCCGCUCAAGCAGGAGACCCUACACCAUUUCUGGCAAAUGGCAGUCCAAUCUUUUCUUGAAAGUCUCAAGUGAUGAAGCUCCCACAACUUCCGAAGGCAACUUCUGUUCCAUUGGUUGAUUGUUCUCACUGUCAAAAAGUUCCUCCUCAUUUCUAGGUUGAAUCUCUCCUUGGUCAGUUUCCAUCCAUAAUUCCUUGUCUGGCCUUCGUGUGCUUUGGAAAAUAUCUUGACUGCCUCCUCUCUGUGGCAGCUCCUCAAAUACUGGAACACUAGAGUCUCAACAUCUUUUUUAUAGUGUGGUGACCAAAACUGGAUGCAAUAUUCUAGGUAUGGUCUUACUAAGGCUUUAUAGAGUGGUAUUAGUACCUCUAUAAGUACCACUAUAAGAGGAGGUAUCAUAGCAUUUGAGAAACUAGAAAUUGGUAUUCUUCUUAAUAUAAUAAAUGUUUCCACACAUUUAUUUGGUGAAUUUAAAUAUCUACACAUUGCAUUUGGGGAGUUCGGGUGCACAUGCUUUGGGUACUUGGUCCAGAAAAGGUUAGCCAUCAGUGGCCUAAACUGUUAAUCAAAGCUUAAUAAUUCAGGGUCCUCUACUCCAGUUUAUACUGAACUCUAGAAGGCAGGGAGACUGAGAAGGAAGAAAAGGAUUUGGAGAACUUAUGGAAAGACAACUAUGAGGGAAGGUUAGAAUUCUCGUCCAUCUAACUGAGUGACAGCUUUAUUUAUACAGGUAGUUCUUGUUUAGUGACCACAAUUGGGACUGGCCACUUCACUAUUAAGACUAAUUUCUAAGUGAAACUGCAACUGUACUUGUGAUCUUACUGGAUCUUUCACUUACUUCAUCGACCUCUGACGGUUAUAGAUACAAGGAAUGCCCUUAAAGUUACCUUUUCCCCAGCAUCGCAACUGCAAAUGAUUGUUAAAGAAAGCAGUCAGUAUAUGAGUGCUAUCUCUAUAUCCUUAGUGCCAGGGAAGGCAAGGAUGGGUAGCUCUGACCUACACUGCAAUAUUAAAGGAACAUGA